AUGGAUGGGCAGACCUUCCGUCGGCGACACGGUGUUCUCAAGCAACUUUAUCAACGAGUCAAGGACUAUGAACCAUUCUUCCUCUCCCCUGGCGAUCUCCAAGAUCUCGGAAUUCAAGCUCGUCAAGUGGGCAUAACAGAUGAUGGAGUUCUGCAAUUCCACCCGUGCUUUUUCCGGCCUUACCCGGAAAGAGUCCUCCAGAAAUAUCCAAUUGCCACUUCGCGAAUGACCAAAAACAUUUCACCGCUGAACCGCCACCUGGACUUUGAUUCGUAUUUGAGAAGCGCCCACGAAUAUGGGAAUUUCCCAGACGCUCUCAAAUGUGCAAUUGAUGAUUACGCACUUCAUAUGGAAAUAUUGGGACCGGAUGAGUGGUUCAGCCGCGCCACGGACACAGAGCGUCACAUCGACGACCAGAUUGGGGCUGCUCGAAAAGGACGACUGAAAGACUCUUCUCUCCUCAAACUUGGAGCGCUCGACAUCAUGUGGCGAACUAAAGAGAGGAGAGGAGAGCCCCCGACAAGUGAGAGUGGCCGUCCGGAUCCAGUCUGGCAGAUAAAAAACAUUCUCGAGGAUAGUGACGAAAAAUUCCCUAUGCCACAUGCGAUUAUGACAACUCUCGCGCACGUUCCCGCAAAUGAGGCAGACCAGAGUCUCACUCUCCAUGAAGUGAGAGCCAUCGUAUACAUGACUCACCUUCGAACAUCCCACAGGCCCUUUUCGACCCAUCCGAUCCAUCCACUAUUGGUUAUCUCUUACAUGGGCCAAAAGCACGGAAGGAUCAUUCAAGCUUCGUUUGAUGGAAAGAAUUUGGUUCUACAAUACUCGCAAUUGUGGAGCUUCGCGGACGACGAUACGGCACCGGUGGAGCUGUUCAUUCGCUAUUAUAUUAGCCAGCUC